UUACAUCUCAAAAUUUUUCAUUUUCCGUUUUAUUGAGUUAAUAAUUGAGAAAAUGUAUUUACAUUUAUGUGGAAUAUGGUUACAUCUGCCAUCUCUCGGCAAACGACUACAACUAUAGAUGUUGCCAUUUUUCACAUAAAUGUAAACGCAUUUUCUGAAUUAUUAACGCAAUAAAACGGAAAAUGAAAAAUUUUGAGAUGUAACACUCUUCUUCCAAAAUAAUCAUAUAA